AUGAGCGAGGAAAGCCGCAUCAAGGUCAAGAGUACCAGACUCGAAAGGCCGGUAAAGGCUUCCAUUGGUGGUAUAGGCGGAACAUUAUCCAGUGCUCGUCACGAGAUAACGACCAUCAUCGAAUCGACAUGUGGCUCUUUUAAGACUGUAUUGGAUUUUACCGUGCUUACAAAAGUUACACACGAAAUUCCGUCGAUACCAUACACGAACCUAGUUUGGCCUAUUCCACCACAAUUACAGCUCGCCGAUCCACAUUAUAAUAUCCCGGGUCGUAUAGACAUGAUCAUCGGUGCGGGUAUCUUCUACAAGUUAUUAAAGGGCGGACGAUUCAAUAUUCCCAAUUCAAACAUAUCCUUAGUAGAAACCGUCUUCGGCUGGAUCGUAACUGGAUUGGCAACUAAAACCGAUUCUUCGGAUAGCCCAAAUGUCACCUGCAAUAUGACAACAGUUGCAGACAUCCAACAACAGCUACAGAAGUUUUGGCAAAUAGAGGAAGUAGAAGAGAGAACCAUACUCACGUCGGACGAAAAAAGAUGUGAGCAGUAUUAUAAUAAAACAACCGUCCGCGAUAACCUUGGGCGAUACAUGGUGAAGUUGCCGAAGCAUCCGGAUUGGGAGCAGAUGAUUGGGCACUCAAAAUCAACAGCAUUGCGACGAUUUGCGUCGUUAGAAAAAAAACUUGAAGGGAAUGAACAGCUCAGAGUUCAGUAUAACACCUUUAUGGAGGAAUAUAUUUCGCUUGGUCACAUGAGUUUGGCUACGAACGACAGUGAUUCGUCUACAAAUUACUUUCUUCCACAUCAUCCAGUCAUAAAGGAGGCUUCCACCACCACAAAGCUUCGAGUAGUUUUCGACGGUUCAGCGGUUACUACUACUGGAAAAUCACUCAACGAUGCAUUAUUAGUUGGUCCAGUGGUGCAGGACGAUUUACUGAAUCUAGUGAUACGCUUUCGCAAAUUCCCUGUCGUUCUAAUAGCUGACAUAGAAAAGAUGUAUCGUCAGGUGUUAGUACAUCCUGAUGACAGAUCAUUGCAGCAAAUCUUAUGGCGUUUCAGCAAAGAUGAGCCCAUUCAAAGCUAUAAGUUGAAUACUGUUACCUACGGCUUAGCACCCUCUUCCUAUCUCGCAACAAGAACGCUACUGAAACUAGCAGAAGAUGAAGGUGAAGCAUUCCCGUUAGCCGCGCAUGCCAUCAAGAAUCAACUUUACGUUGACGAUCUUAUCGCGGGUGCUGAUGACGUUGCUGGUGCUAUCCAGCUGAGAGAUGAACUAAACGCGCUUCUUGAGAAAGGAGGAUUUAAAUUCAGAAAAUGGUGUUCUAAUUUGCUUCCUGUGUUGGAUGGUCUUUCUCCGGAAUUGCUGGGGACAAAAUCUUCGAAGUGUUUCGAUAUCGAUGAAACUAUCAAUACGCUCGGUAUUCGUUGGGAGCCACAGGCUGACAGGUUUGGUUUCAGCGUUCCCGAUAAUAUCAAGGCUGAACCCUACACUAAGCGCAACAUUCUAUCUGCAAUAGCCAAACUCUACGAUCCUUUGGGAUUAAUAGCUCCGGUAAUAGUACAGGCAAAGAUACUGAUGCAAAGUCUUUGGGUGGUAGCUUCAGAUUGGGAUGAAGAAAUUCCUGAUCAUUUGCAAAAAAUGCAUCCGAGGCUGCGUACGGGGCCUGUCUUUACGUCAGAACCGAAGACAGCAACGGCAAUGUUUCAGUGA